CCACUUGCCUUAUCCAUUCUUCAUUUACUUCCUCUCUCAUACCUCCCACCCCAUCUUCCAACCCUAUCUGUGAUACUCUGCGACUACUUCUACCACAAACUGGCCUGGGAGGGACUAUCUCUCACUCUAUCUCUUCUACUACUAUCGUCAUUUCUUCCCCUUUCUGGAACGGAAAGAAGUACUUAAUAUACUAUAAAGAGAUUCCAGCUAUAUCCGGUACAUAACCACUAUUUCCCAAUUGCGCGGGUGACACAGCUCUCUCCCCUCCCAAAAAAUAGAUAUACCUAAUACUUACUGAAACACCCUAGAAAACAAUCAAAACCUGCAUUAUUCCGUCAGCAGGAGAAAGCAAGCAGUGCGUGUGAGUGUGUGGUGUGCGGCCCUAGGACCCAGCACAUCUAGAGAAUCCUGCAAUGAGCUGUAUGGACAAUGAAUGGUCAAUCCCGAAAAAAGACAUUCGGAUCCUCUCCUUCGCCAUUCUAUACGUGAUUGCCAGCAUAUUCUGCAUUCUGGUCCUACUAGUUCAGCGUCUUCGCCGUCCACCACCCUUUAGAUCCUACGCCUACGUACCGCCAGAGAGGCAAAUGAUGGACCCGCCACCUUUUACGCCGUCCGAGAAGUGCGAUCGUGGUGGUAUCGUGGGUAGUGGUGGCGAAGAGCCCGUCGGCAGGACUGCAGCAGUGGGCCUAGGCCUAGUUCAGGGCCACGGCUACGGCGUAGGCUAUCUCAAUGACCCAGCCUCCCAGGGCGUUGGUCCAUUCCCUUCAGCCUGUGAUGUCCUGCAGCCACUUUCCCAGCUGUCUCCCUUACCUUCUAGUGGUUAUCUAGCGGCUGUCCUGGCCCGCGAGCGGAGCCUUUGGACAAAGCAAGCAUCUGGAACCGACGGUCAUCUGGUGCCGUUGUCGCCCGGGUGUGCCGCCUCCGCCCCUGUCCACGACCAUCGUUCAGCUACACCCCCCGCGGUGAGGUUGGAUGAUCGCCUCGGUGACUCGUCAUCUGAAGCGCCAACUCACGGUUCCAUGGUGGUGUCAGAUCCUCAGCGCCAGCCCGGAAUUCCUGCGCCGGUUCAGUGGUAUGCCAACCCUAUUGCUACUAGCCACGAACAGGGGGUCCCCAGUAUCGCAAACCUUAUCGGAUCCCAUCCUUCCCAAAAAUGCGGCUACGCAGUCCAAUUCAUGCACGAUGUAGAUGAGGAGGGUACGCGCUCCUGGCGACGGUUGAUGAUUGAGUACAGCUAGCCUUAGCUGACUGAUGGUGUGAUGUUUCCUCUUCGAGAACGAUGCAUUGUGGGGUUCUUUUCAUCCUCCGGGAUUUGGCUUGCUCUUUUUCCCUUUCCCUUUUUCAGUUGUGGGUUUCGCUGUUCAGUUUACCUGUUCUUUUUUCCCUCUCUCGGGGACGCUUAUGAGGAUUUUCGGGCUAGUAGCAUAGGGCGUCUGUCCCGAACGACAGCGCCCAAAAGGGUGGCAGACUGUGCUUUAGUUUUAUUAUUUUUCGCGCCUACCUAGCUUAGCAUUCAAUGACGAUUAAUGACCUCCACGAUGAUAAUCAUCUGGUACCUUUCCGAGCAUUUCUUGGAGGCGACAAACUCCC